UAACCUUCCGAGAAGUAUCCUUGAAAAAGUUUUGCAUAGUAAGGAGUGUGGCUGACAUAUUUGCUGUUUGUGCGUUGCUUUCCGGCCUUUGCCUUCUCGACUACCGUGAUCAGGAAAGCUUAAUACACUUGGACCCAUAAGAUGCCAAACAUAAAGCUACAAAGCUCAGAUGGGGAAAUAUUUGAAGUAGAUGUUGAAAUUGCCAAAGCAUCUGUCACAAUCAAGACCAUGCUUGAAGAUCUUGGUAUGGAUGAGGAUGAUGACGAGCCAGUCCCUCUUCCUAAUGUAAAUGCGGCAAUUCUCAAGAAGGUUAUACAGUGGGCCACUCAUCACAAGGAUGAUCCACCACCACCAGAUGACGACGAAAACAAAGAAAAGAGAACAGACGACAUUGAUCCUUGGGAUCAAGAAUUCCUCAAAGUUGAUCAAGGGACACUGUUUGAGCUUAUCCUUGCUGCAAACUACCUAGAUAUCAAAGGACUUCUAGAUGUCACAUGCAAAACUGUUGCAAACAUGAUCAAAGGAAAAACUCCAGAAGAAAUCAGGAAGACCUUCAACAUUAAGAACGAUUUCACACCUGAGGAGGAGGAGCAGGUUCGGAAAGAAAAUGAGUGGUGUGAAGAGAAGUAAACAGUUAUUCUACUUUGUAUUUACUUGGAAAUAGCUUUUUGAAGUCUAAGCUACGUAAUCCCUGGAGAAGUGACCUUCAUGAUCUUUACAAUAACAACAGUCUUUGCCGUUUUCUUACAUUAUUUUAUUUUGCAUCUUUUUUGGGUUGUGCAGUUCUUGAAAGUGGUUUACUACAUGUUAUUCAAGCCACAUUCAAGACUUCACCAUUCUCUAAUGUGGUUUAAUAGUAGUGAAGCCAUGAUCCUUCUGGCUUUAUCACGAUCACAUCUUUCCAUAGUUGUGGCAAGCACAUGUACUGUUUCUUUCUUAAAAAUAAAUAAGGCGUUACAACGGAUUUACACUGUUGUUACUGCAUUUUAUUUGAUGUGUAAUUUAUAAUAAAAAGAUUGUGAGUCUGUUGUGUUUAA